CUUCAAAAUCAGCUGGGAAUAGUUAAAAUUUUAUUAAUUAUAUAAAAUGAUGAUGCUUCACAAUAAUUCUAUUACUGCUAAGCAAAAGUUACCAUUUAUACCAGCUCACUUAUUUAAAUUUGAAGAAGAUGAAAAACCAAUCCAAAUUCCUAUUAAAUCACUAAAUGAACACUUAAUUUGUUCAUUGUGUGAUGGUUAUUUUGUUGAUGCCACUGCAAUUAUAGAAUGCCUACAUACAUUCUGCAAGAGUUGUAUCGUUAAAUAUUUCUUAACGGAAAAGGAGAAAAGAUCAAUGUCCUCGUCUACCGAUGUUUCCUGCCCGGUAUGCCACGUUAAGGUUUCCGAAACUUGUCCCCUGUCUUCUUUACAGUUGGACCGAACUAUCCAAGAUAUUCUUUACAAACUAUUGCCAGAAUGUGCUAAAGACGAAGAGAACCGUAGGUUUGAGUUUUAUCAAAAUCGCGUCCACAUGUUUAAUCGCGAUUGGGAUGACGAUACAAGGUACAACGUAAAAAACAAGCAAAAUUUUGGCCAUCAUUUAACGUUACGUGACGCCAACGAUACAACCAACGAAAAAUUUGCCGACUCCGACGAUCCUUUGAUCACAUUUAUUCUAAUAGGAAACAUAAAGCAUGCUGAUCUAUCUUAUCAAGAACUCAAAGUCUCAUCAACAAAUACUGAAGAUGGUUCUUUAUUACGAGUUGAAAAAAAUAUCGAAUCACCUGUUCCUAAUGUCAAAACUAAUCAUGACUGUCAUGUUGAUGCACAAGAAAAGGAAAAUCUUAUUUUAAAUGCCACUAAAAAUAUAAACAAAGAUUUUUUGGUAGAUAAUAAGAAAACACAAAACUAUAUGAACAUUAAAGCGAUUCGUAAAUAUGUCCGGUGUUCUGAACGAGCAACACUUCAACAUUUAUCUUCCAUGAUCCUUAAAAGAUUUUUUAAAGAUCCUUCUCAAACCUUUGGCUCUUCACCCCAGAAUUUGCCCAAGAUAUCAAUAUACUUGGAGGAACAAAAACUUAACCCUAAUUUUACGAUCAAACAAGCUGCCAUUAUGGCAGCUCUUUUGAUAAACGACGAUACAGAUGAUUCGAAAGAUGAAGAUGAAACGAUAAUCAGUGAAAAUUUUCCGUAUUUUACAUUGCGUUUUAACAUUGAAUGAUGUGCAAUAAAUCUGAUUUUUUAUAACACUAUAUAGAGCUAAAUUGGAUUAUAUAUAUAUAUCAUUAAGA